GCGAAAUUAAUCUACACGAUCUACAUAAUUAUUAUAAUAGCACCCCUGAGUAUGAUCCGAUAUUAAACUAUGACCCUCCAUACGUAGUUGGUAUGCCAGACGAUAGCGAUACGAAUGUAACAACUAAUAACCCCGAAUUUAGGGUUAUUCCUAAAAAAACAGGUUAUAUAAGAUUAGGUUUAGGAGAAAAUGGAUCCAAGAUAAUAUUAUCGGAUGAUUAUAAUGAUGCGAGGGAAAAAAGAUUUCACGAAAAUCAAUUUGAUGUGUUUGUGAGUGAAUUGAUAGCUCUCAAUAGGACUCUUCCAGACACUAGAGCACCAGGAUGUUAUGCCAAACAAUACCCAUGGAAUUUACCCAAUUCCAGUAUUAUCAUAGUAUAUCACAACGAAGCUUGGACUACUUUGCUGCGAAAUGUUCACAGCAUAAUCAAUCGCACGCCUAAAGAUCUAUUAGUUGAAAUCAUUUUAGUAGAUGAUUUCAGUGAUAUGGCACAUCUCGGAAGACCUUUAGAUGAUUAUAUAAAGACUUUAGAACAAAUAACCAGAAUAGUAAUUAUUCGAUUACGAGAAAGAUCGGGUAUUAUAAGAGCUAGAUUGGCUGGAUCGAGGAUUGCUGUCGGUCAAGUUUUGACGUUUUUAGAUGCUCAUUGUGAAGUGAAUGAUGGAUGGUUAGAGCCACUACUCAGUGAAAUCUAUGACGAUAAAACAAAAGUAGUAGCGCCAAUUAUAGACGCAAUAGAUGCCCAUUCAUUUGAAUAUGUGCCUGGAAACGAUUUAAAGAUUGGAGGUCUUGACUGGUUCCUUAACUUUAGAUGGUACGAUUGCCCUGUUAAAGAAAUGGAGAGACGUAAUCAUGACAGAUCUCAACCUAUAUUAACGCCAACCCAUGCAGGAGGCUUAUUUUCUAUUGACAGAGAUUAUUUUAAAUAUUUGGGAGAAUAUGAUGAAGGAAUGGAAGUAUGGGGUUCCGAAAACUUGGAGUUAUCGCUAAGAGUGUGGCUAUGUGGAGGAACUUUAGAAAUAAUACCCUGUUCUAGAGUAGGUCACGUGUUUCGUGUUAAUUCUCCUUACACAUUUCCAGGUGGAGCUCUAAACGUAAUCCACAGAAAUCAGAAGCGUUUAGUGGAGGUUUGGUUUGAUGAAUGGAAAGAUUUUUAUUACAAAGCCAAUAAGGAUAGUUUGAAAAUCAAUGCUGGUUAUUUUGGCGAAAGACUGGAAUUGAAGAAACGAUUAAAUUGCAAACCCUUUCGUUGGUUUUUGGAAAAUAUAUACCGAGAUUUUCAGAUGCCUUUAAAUUUGUCUUCUCUAUACUAUAUUCACGGAGAAAAUUCAUCUUUAUGCAUGGACAGUAGGAGGGGAGACGCAAAGGACGAUUUGGAAUUGUUUAAAUGUCAUGGUGGUCAUGGUCAGAUUUUUUAUCAUGACCAUUAUAAUCAACUUCGAAACGAUGAUUUUUGCGUCGAAUAUUGGCCAAUAAAACAAUCUUUGAGGCUUAAAUUUUGCAAUAAUCAAAAUCCAAAUCAAAAAUGGUUCAUAACAAAGACAGGGCAUAUCAAAAGUGCGUAUAAUGUUUCAUUAUGUAUUAGCAGUGAGAUUCGAUUGGAGUUGAACUAUGAAAUUGGUGUUGUGUUAUGCGAAGGUAGUAAUAAUAUCAAAUGGAUCUUCGAAAACAUCUUUUGA